AUGGAAUCUAGGAACGGUUUCAGAUGGAGAAAGCAAGGUCUCAAACCGAUCGAAACGAAAACAGGAAGCAAAGGAGAAGAAGAGAAUAAGAGUAGUAGCGGCCAAAGAACAGCAGAAGAAGAGCCAUUAAGCCCGUCAGCUCGUCUGUUUCACGAACCAAACUUCAACGUGUAUAUUAUAGCCACCUUGGGGUGCAAGACCAGAAUUUACCCGGAUGUUGUCAAAGCCAACUUGGGCCAUACUUUGCUUAAACACCCUCGUUUCUCUAGUUUGCAGGUCGAGGACGAGGAGAAUAAGGGAGAAAUGAAAUGGGUUCGAACAGAAGUGGAUUUGGAAAGGCAUGUUGUUGUUCCAGACCUGGACCCAAACAUGGACUUACCAGACAAAUUCCUUGAGGAUUACAUCUACAACCUGAGCAAGACCACCAUUGACAAAUCGCAGCCUCUCUGGGACCUCCAUCUGCUCAACUUAAGAACCUCACAAUCCGAGGCAGUUGGUGUUUUCAGGAUCCAUCACUCGCUUGGCGAUGGCACUUCUUUAAUGUCUCUCCUGCUCGCUUGUACUCGCCAAAUGAAUGAUCCUCUGGCUUUGCCUACCAUUCCGAUCAGGAAGAAGCAAGGGAGGAAGAAUGAUCGUAGAGGGUUUUGGAGGAUUAUGUUCAUGCUUUGCUCAGUUUUUCAGGUGUUUUGGAAUAGUGUCGUUGACGUUUUCAUGUUUAUGGCAACGGCAUUGCUCUUGAAAGAUACGGAGAACCCUUUCAAGGGUCUGCCAGGAGUUGAGUUCACUCCUCGGCGAAUUGUCUACGGGACAGUUAGCUUGGAUGACAUCAAGUUGGUGAAGAAUGCAAUGAACACUACCGUAAACGAUGUUGCUUUGGGAAUCACACAGGCGGGUUUGUCACGCUAUAUCAACAGAAUAUAUGGCGGGAAUAAGAAUGAUGGGGCAGCAAUAGAAAUGGAUAAUCUUCCAAAGAGUAUUCGCCUCCGAUCAACUCUGCUCGUCAACAUAAGACCAUCUGCAGGAAUCCAAGCUUUAGCAGAUAUGAUGGAGAAGGAUGCUGAAGCAAAGUGGGGCAACUGGAUUGGUUACGUUCUCCUCCCCUUCACCAUUGCAAUUCGGGAUGAUCCAUUAGAUUAUGUUCGUGAUGCUAAGGCCACAAUUGACAGAAAGAAACGCUCCCUUGAAGCUAUAUACACUUUCUCCAUUGCCGAAUUAGUGCUCAAGCUUUUUGGAGUCAAGGCAGCAAGUGCUCUGUCCCACAGAAUUAUGUCUCACACAACAAUGUGCUUCUCGAAUCUGGUUGGACCUCUGGAGGAAAUUGGUUUUUAUGGACAUCCCAUUGUUUUCCUUGCUCCUAGUUCUUAUGGUCAACCUCAUGCAUUGAUGAUCAACUUCCAGAGCUAUAUCGACAAGAUGACCAUUGUUCUGUCGGUGGAUGAAGGAACUAUACCAAACCCUCACCAGCUAUGCGAUGACAUCGUGGAAUCACUCGGGCUAAUCAAGGAUGCAGUCGUGACCAGGGGGCUUGUCUAGAAAAUGAGAAACACUGCGCCACAUUUCUCAUAGUCGACUUCGUACGAUACUCCUUGAUUAUCGACCAUUAAUUUUAUGAGCCUCAACCACUAGAGAUAAAUAAUAAUGAAGAGUACUCUCGUCUAGUCACGAGCUUCUUUAAUUUCUCAUUGUUGCUUAUUAAUGGAAUUAAGAAAUUAUCU